AUGGGCUCAUAUACUAGUACAGAGGCUAUCGAAGAAAACCCCAUUGUACCUCUUGUUGCAGUUGUUGAUGUGCAAGAUUCCACUCCCGAAGAUGCCAAUCAGCCCACCGAAGAUGGAGAUAUCCCCAUUUCAGACCAGGGUGCUUCAUAUCAUGAGAUCAAGGACAGUACGAUACUCCAUUCCGAUGAGUCUCUUCAAGUCACUCCAGAAGAGCACACCGGAGUGACUUCCAAGUCUGAAGCAACUGCCGUCAGAAUUCUCAAGAUCAUCGAAAGCUAUGGAGUGAACUUUGAGAAAACCGGCGAGUCCUGGAAGGGACUGGACUCAUUUAUUCCCACUGUUUUGGAUCAAGUGGGGAAACAAGAGCCAGUCAGAAUGAUUCUACCAGCUUUUCCAUUUAAGUCUCCAAAUGCCCGAGACAAAGUUUUGGGAAAACUCCCUGAUCUAGGAGAGGAGCUGGCACUUUUCCAUCUGAACGGACUCUGUGAGAAUAUUGGCAGCAUCUAUGAGCCUGGUGCAAACGUCUACAUCAGCUCGGACGGACUUGUAUACAAUGAUAUUCUGGGCGUCCCUGAUGAGACAGUCUGGGAUUACGGAGAAGCCUUACGAAAGAUGGCAAUCGAAAAGGAACUCCACCAUGUCAAGUUCAUUCGACUUUUCGAGCUCCUUGAUCACCCCUGGAUUCCGCAAAGUAAUGAAGAAACAGCCAAAUAUUUCUAUCUAGCUCAUGCACAAUGUCUUCGAAGAGAACUCAUGUUCCGCUUCGGAGACCCGACCUUUGAUGCCGAUACUGCCAUCCGAACAGACAAUGACACCUGCCUAACAUAUCGGGGGUACAUCAAGUUCUUGACCAAGGACCUGGCCCACCAGGAAGACACCCAGUUUACUUCAAAACGUGCCAGAGCCGCUCACAUCGGCCGGACAGCGCGAAGUAUGAUUGUUCGGGGAAAGAUGUUUGCGGCUGCCAUCAAGACAAACCGCAGCGACUAUGUUCGACUGUCCAUCCAUGAAUCUGCUGGAGAAAAGAAACUGUCCAUCUCGUUGGUUCCCCAAAUUCGAGGAUCCUUGGGAUAUACCCCAUGGCACUCGUCUAUUGCUGUUCGUUUGGACGGAACAUAUCGCACCGUUCACGCAGAGGAUGUUCGAGAAACACAUGACUUGAUCUAUAAAAACGGUCGGCCAUAUCAUUUCCGCGAGCGAUCAGAACUGUUCGACUGGAUGGCAGAUGGUUUGUGUGUCAAGUUUGAACAUCUCUACCCUUGCGGCCUGAUCAUCCGGCCGGGAGAUAUUGACGAUGCCCGUCCACGCCCGUCAAUUCGAGAUUUGCCCAUGCAAAAAGUUCGACAUCUUUCGAACGGCUUAUCUCCCAUCGUUCUACGUGGGUUCGCAGAAACCCUCCAGGAAGACCUUUAUCUCGAUAAAGCCUCAGAAAUGGGCGUUGUCCUCCCAUGGAGUUUCGGUGUCAUCCAAAAGGUGCGCGACGCAGGACGCUCAGAUAAACUGGGCAACAACGUCACCUCCAACGAGGCAAUGCCGAUGCACUUCGACGGCAUGUUCAAGUUUGAAGAGCAACUCGACCCGGAAACCGGGGAGGUAAAGCGUGUCCAGAAACCUCCCGGUUACCAAUACUUUACCUGCCCGGCGACGGCGCCCAAGGGGAGCGGAUACACGCUUUUUGCCAGCUCCCGACUUGCUUUCCGAUACUUGCCUCUUCCGUGGACGGUGGAGAGGCUCCAGAAAGUUACCUGGGCCAUGGAAAAUGAUGGGUUCUGGGAUGCGAAGCUCAAGAAUUUGCCGUUGCUUGUGAUGCAUCCUGUUUCUGGCUUGCCGUGUCUGCGUUGGCAUCAACCGUGGGAUUUGACCAAGACCAAGUUCUCGACGUGUGAUGUAACCAUCGAGAAUGAUGACCAAAGUCUCAUGUCUGUCAUUGACAGCCUGACAUAUGACCACCGUGUCUGUCUUCGUUUCUCGUGGGAGAAGGGAGAUCUACUUGUCAAUGACAACACGGCCAUGCUUCAUACUCGAACGGGGUAUAAGACGGACUGUGAUCGCGAACUCUGGCGAAUUCAUUUUGAUUAG